GCGGCCGGGGCCAUGGUGGUCCUGCGGGCUGGGCUCUGCCCCGGACUCACGGAGGAGAUGAUCCAGCUGCUCCAGGCGAAGGGCAUCCGGACGGGUAACGAGGCGGCAGCAGGGGCUCGGGGAGCAUCUCCCCUGCACGUCUGGGGGGCACCGUGUUCUCCCGUGCAGGACCCGCCUGCCGGGACGGGGGCCUGGGCUGUGCGGCAGCCCCUGGAGAGCAUCUCCUGCCUCUGGCUUCCUCGUGCCGCUCAGAAGCCGCAGGGAGGUGUUUCUUAGUUUUCCCCAGGAUAAAAGGAGGUGGUGGACUUUGUGUCAUCAGACCUGGAGGAUGUUGCCCAGAAAUGUUCCCUGUCUUACAAGGUAAAGGAUGACUCCAAAGUCCUGGUAUGUUAACCAAGGAGCUCAGAGCUGUUCAGCUCACAGCUUGGAUAGGCUUGUCUGGAGGGUCCUUCUACAGCAGACAUGGUUGGCCCAGGGCUUCCUGAGUCCUAUUUCCAGACACCUCUCUGCCCACCAGGCGCUGGUUGCGGUGAGACGUGUGCUCCUGGCCCAGUUCUCUGCCUUCCCUGCCAACGGAGCAGACCUCUAUGAGGAGCUCAAGAGCUCCACGGCCAUCCUGUCCACUGGGAGCCCAAGCCUGGACCAGCUCCUGGACUCUGGGCUGUACACAGGGGAAGUGACAGAGCUCAUGGGAGCACCGGGCAGUGGGAAGACACAGGUGUGCCUGAGCAUUGCAGCCAGCGUGUCCCUGGGCCUCAAGCAGCACGUUGUGUUUCUUGACUCCACGGGGGGGUUCACAGCCUCUCGGCUCUACCAGAUGCUUCAGGCCCGGGCAGAGGAUGAGGGAGAGCAGCUGGAGGCCCUGCAGCGGAUCCAGGUGGUCCGUGUGUUCCACAUCUAUGAACUGCUGCGGGCCCUGCAGGAGCUGCGGGACCGCCUCUCCCAGCAGGCGCUGCAGCCCCCUCCCCCCAGGCGCUGCAGCCCCCUCCCCCCAGGCGCUGCAGCCCCCUCCCCGCAGGCGCUGCGCCCCGCGGGACCGCUCAAGAUCCUGGUGCUCGACUCGGUCUCAGCCGUGGUUUACCCUCUGCUGGGCGGCAAGCAGUCAGAGGGCUUGGCCAUCAUGAUGCAGCUGGCCAGGGAGCUGAAGACACUGGCCAGGGAGUUUAGCCUUGCUGUUGUGGUGACUAAUCAGGUGACAAGGGACAGCAGCACUGGCCUACUGAAGCCAGCCCUUGGCCGCUCCUGGAGUUUUGUGCCCAGCACCCGGGUGCUGCUGGAGAGCAAAGAAGCCACCUGGGAGAAGGCCACCUGGGAGAAGGCCACCACGCAGCGCAUCGCUUCCUUGGCAAAGUCCCCCAGGCAGCCCACAGGGAUACAGGUGGAGCUGGAUAUUGGAAAUGUUGAUGUGCAGGAGCUGAGCCCAGCAAGACCCACAACACCCACCCAGGGCCUCUGAUGUGAGUGGAAAAGCAAGUGUUGAGGUCCAAGAGAGCUGCAGCAAAACCAGGCAAGAACACUGAAGGUUUUACAGACUGCCCCUGGGUCCUGCAGCCCUGGAAGGGACCAACACACAGAAGUUCUUGUUCUUCUGCACUGGGGAGAAAGAAUGUGGGGUUCCCCAGAGAUCUCCUUGCCUCAGCAGAUGCUGCCUGUGGUGGCUGGGCUGCAUGGGAAGCACAACAAUAGAUCCUCUCCUCUGCUGCAGACUUAAACCAGCAGAGCCUUGGCCUGGGACCAGCUGGCAGGUCCCUGUACAAACCCAUGGCUCCUCAGGGGGCUUUAGUUCUCCCCAAAACUUGCUGCCCUCUGAUCGUCCUCGGGCAGCCCACAGUGGUCUUGGUUCAGGAAUAAAAACAGAUGUUGCACA